AUGGAGGAGAGUGAUUCUGGGGUGAACGUAGCAGUGGAACAGGAAGUAGGUGUCGACCUUGGGUUAAUGAGCGAGAACAGCAAACAAUCGGAAGGGGCUGAAUUGGUCAGCGGACCGCGGCUAUGUGAUCCUUUAGGCAGCGGGCUUUGUCCACAAUCGGGGGCUUUUCCCGACGACGCGGGCGAGCUGGGACUAGGUCCGAGGAUGGAUAGAGAUAAUAAGGAAAGAUUGGAAGCAAUGGAUAGAGAUAAUAAGGAAAGACUGGAAGCGAUGGAUAAAGAUAAUAAGGAGAGAGAUAGGGAGACUAAGGAAAGAUUGGAAGCGAAUAAGGAAAUAUGGGAGGCAAUGGAUAAGGGAAAUAAAGAGGGAAUGAGGAAGCUACACACAGUUAUCGAUGAGCGUCUGUCCGCAGUUAAUAAUCGGUUAGAUGAGGGAGAGAAGAAUCUGGAUGCGUUGAAGCAAGUAUGUGUUGCCGUGAAAGAAAAAGCAAUAGAGAAUGAUAUUACAGAACGUAGGGACGUGUUGCCCGAUGAGCGAAUCAAAGAGAUAGUGGAGGACUUACUUGCAGAUAAACAAGGGGCAUUAGACAGCGUGGAAGCUCAAGUCACCCGGCAGGAAGCGGCGCUAAAUAAACACAGGGAUGAAGUUGCGGAGGAGGAGAUACAAACACCAUUACAGUUUAAAGAGGCACAAUUAGAAGUAAAUAGGAAACAUAGGGAAGAACUAGCACAGUUACAAUUAGCGUGCAGUAGCGAAUGUGAAACACCACCAGGUAGAUCGCUGAGGGAGAGUGAGAUAAAUUCAAAAAACGAAAAUAGGCAGAAAGAGGAAGACGAACUCAGCGAGUUAGAAGAAAGAAUACGUCGCGCUCCAUUCGCGACCGGGUCGUUCCCGCUGCCGCCGCCGCCGCCGCCGCCGCCGCCACUCGCCUAUGCUGGGCCCCGACGCGUCGCGUCCAAUUACAAGCUGUGCACGCCGCCGCCGCCGCCGCCGCCGUCUCACCUUUUAGCGAUAAUUACAGAGGCGGCGGGCUCUGCCCAGACUCCCCUCCCUCUCGCGCCAAAUUAA